UCUCCUCAUCUGUGAGCUGGAGAAGCCCCUCUGCCCUGCCGUGACGGUGGGCCCGCCCUGGGCGCUCAGUUGGCAGUUUGAACUCGGGCUGCUUGUGGGUGGAGGGCCGGCUGGGCUGGAAGGCGCUUCUCCUGCCCCUUCCACGCAGGCAAACUGCUGACCGCGGCAAAGCCACGUUGCCGUGCUUGGGGGAAAUCUGCCUUGGUUUGGGGUUUAAUUUUUUUAAAUGGCUGCUUGGGUUUGGUUUCGUCUGGGGUUUGGCAAGCGCGCGAGGUUUGCUCCCUGCGGCGGCGGCCGCUGUGGUUCUGGUCCGGCCGGGCGAGCAGCGAGCAGGGCGUUAGGACCCGGCUGCGCGCCCCGCACCCCGCGCGUCCCGGGUCCCCAGCCGCGCCGAGAGGCGUGAACGAGAGGCUGGCGGGGGGACCCGGACGGCGCGCUCACUGUGGAAUGGCUCUGUCGUCGCCAGGCAACCGUCCUGACGCAACGAGAAGAAAAAAAAAAAAAAGAAGUCCCUUAAAACAGAAUAGUGCUGAGAAUUCGCGGGAGCGGGAGAGCCGGGAGGCCGCGUCGGGAGGAGGCGGGGACCUCAGCGACCCCCCUGGAAGGGCCUCCGCGAGCCCCCGAAGGUGUGGAAACGGAAGCUUUGAAUAACAAGUUGAGGUGCAGCCAUUAGCCCCGGACAUCCAAACCAGGCCUCACGGGGAGACACACCAGGGGAACGUGGGGAGCUCUGGAGCCCUUGUGCAAGGGGAGGGCUUCGUGCUGACAUCAUUCGCAUCCUUCCCGCAGGGUGAGCGCCAGCCAGCAGCCCUCACUACCCGCCCUUCCCUGCGAGGGGGGAGCUCCGUCCUGCUUCCCCUCCAGUUUUUCAUCUGCCUACACCUCCAGGACUGAUAGAUCGUCUUGGCAAAGCUGCCCCCAAAGAUUCCUGCUAACACUUGUCUGUUCCUGCCUUUUGCAAAGCGUGGUACCUACAGGACUCCGGGAAGAAUCUUUAACCCUGACCUCCACAGCGGCUCCAGAGGGCACUCCGUGAGGCUUGUGCGACGUCCCUCAGCUCCUGGAGCUGCCCACGUCCCCGGCGAUGUCCCCAGGAGCCCCAGCCCCAGCUGGAUGAGCCCCGGGCAGCGUGGGACCCGACCUUCCUGCCUGCCAAGACUCCCCCCGUCAUCUCCCAUGUCUGGCUGCCCGGGCAAACUCUAGAAUGUCUGUACCCCAGAUCCAAGUAGAAGAAGUCGGGGGUGGAGAAGAAGGAGCAGCCCCCCCACCUGAUGACCACCUCCGGAGCUUGAAGGCCCUCACGGAGAAACUGAGGCUGGAAACCCGCAGGCCCUCCUACCUGGAAUGGCAGGCCAGGCUGGAGGAGCAGACGUGGCCCUUCCCCAGGCCAGCUGCCGAGCAGGGUGGGCGUGGGGAGGAGGAGCCCCUGCGCCCCCAGCGUGAGCCCAAGCAGCACCGCCCACUUAAUGGGAGUGCCCUCCGGGCAGACGGACCCCAGGCCACUGGCAAGCUGGAAGGCUUUGAAAGUAUCGAUGAAGCUCUAGCCUGGCUCAGGAAGGAACUGAUGGAGAUGCGGCUGCAGGACCAACAGCUGGCCAGGCAGCUCAUGCGCCUGCGCGGCGACAUCCACAAGCUGAAGAUCGAGCAGACCUGCGACCUGCACCGGAGGAUGCUCAACGACGCCACCUACGAGCUGGAGGAGCGCGACGAGCAGGCCGACCUCUUCUGCGACGCGCCGCUCGCCGCCUCCUUCAGCCUCUCCGCGCCGCUCAGGCUCAUUGGGGUCACCAAGAUGAACAUCAACUCCCGGAGAAUCCUGCGGAAGGGCCGCGCCGUCCACGCCCACCGAGGCCUGCUUCCCAGCGCGACAGGUCUCGGUCCCCGCCUCCUGGAUUCACGUUCCUGUUCCCUGGAACCACUGGUGCUAUGAACUGAGAUCCCAGAGGGAGGCCCCCCAAGCUGUGAUUCUUGCAGAAAGCUUCCCCGAGGGCAUGGAGCUCCCAGUGGGGGGUGGCUAAUUAUGUCAGCGGUGCCAUCUCCCUGUGGCUGACCCCCAAGGACUGCUUCCGAUUUACCCUCAGUAGGUGACUCAGCCACCUCGACAGGGACCCACCAGGAAGGGAGAGCAAAAAGGACACAGCGAGCGGGUGGUCCAGACUGCCCCAGGCCCCCCCUUGGCCCUGCAAGUGUCCUGGAAGCUGUUUCCAGUCUGCGCGGGACACAGCAGCCUAGCUUGGGUGAGCAAGCUCAGACAGCCCCUGCUGCCCGCUCUGGCCACACGGACCGAUCCCGGUCUCCAAAGAGCCCCACUGCUACCCUGCAACCCCGGGAGUGCCUAGGAGACUCCUGUGACUGGGCCAGGCAAGGCAGUCAGCGGAUUGCCCAAAACCGAAUUGGGAGUAGGGGGCGGGCUCCCAACAGAGUCCGAUGGUGUCACCUACGUCCCAUCUUGCCCUCCCCAGAAAGACUCAGGGAAGCCCAGGAGCCCCUCUGAGAUUCUGCGCCUGAUUUAGCUCAUUUUAACUCAAUCAGACUGUUACUAAUCUGCUGCUGAUUUGUUAACUGUUUGAUCUUUGUCCCAGUGGCAGAGCCAGUGGGUAAGUCAAGUCCAGAGGUUCAGGAUUUGAUUUAAAAUGUUCUCCCUAACGACAAGCACAAGGGCCAGCAGGGUGAGGACUGAGACCUCAACAGGUUACAGUUAAAUGGGCAGAAUGCCAUGCCCGCCAUCAGCUGGGAGCCCGGCCUUUGACGUCACCCAGCUGAGCCCUCUGUUCAUAAAGGAGGGAAGUGAGGCCAGGGGAGAAUGGCUUCCCUCAGGCUACACAGCUCUUUAGUGGCCACAGAAUAUGGGUGUUAAAUAAUGCCUGGAAAGAUCCUGUAUCAUUGACCUUGAACCCCAGAGAUGGUCCCCCUGCUUUGCCAACCCCACAGACUGCCAACCCCACUUCUGCCCUCCUCGUUCAGCCCCACGCACCUCUCACUUUGCGGUGCAGAAUAUUUGGGCCAAACCCAGAGCAGUGCCUGGAGGCCGGACCCACAGAACAUGUAUUACCAACCGCAAAUCCAUAGUCACAGUAAGGUGUCCCGCUGUGGCGUCUCCUGUUCUGUCUUCCUGUAUGAUCUCACUGGGGCGCAUGCACACUUCACACACACACACACACACACACACACACACACCAUGGCCCACAAUGGGGAAAGGUUCUUUUUUGUGUAGUGGGGAGAAUGCAGGGGUCCCGCAUUAGACAGAAAAAAACUCGAUCUCUCCGUUGUCAUUUCUGAGAUCCAAAGGGUUGUGCUUCCUUCAAAGAAGCCAUGACAGUGUAGCCAAGACUUGUUUUCUGCCUGAUUCUGAGGGUGAUGGAAGUCUGAGGUCCAGGGGACCCCUCCACCUCAGUGGAGUGCCAGGCCCCCUCAGGAGGGAGAUUUCCUCCACCCAGAGCUGUCUCCUGUCGGGCAUGAUGGACAAACCCUGCCAAGUCCUACAGAGCGUUGCUGCCAGGCUUCCCCGAGAUGAGUUCUAGAGGUUGUGGGUUAUCAGUCUGGCCAAACACACUCACUACUCACCCCAGAGAGACACGCAUGUGCACAUGCUUCAGCCCACACAGGAAAGCCCAUUCCACAUUCUGAAAAGAAAAUACCAAAUUGAUUUUUUUCUUUCUGGAAAUCAGUCAUUACAGUAAGUGAAAAAGUUGGAUUCCACUGAAGCUGAGAGAUUUGGUUGAAUUUUGUGAACCCAAUUAAGUUGGGGUCAACUGGGUGAUUUAGUUGCUCAGUUAACUUACUGGCUUCUUGCUUUCUCUGUUCUCUGAGAGGAAACUGGGAUCAAGGCACCCUCUUGAUAGGCUGGAAGUCUCCUCUACUUUGCUCAGUCAUCUCAAGAAAAUUUUAUUUUGAGAUGAGGAAGGAGAACAAAGUAGAGCACAUCUAAGACGAGAAGUGGGCAGGGAAGGACAGGUAUCUUCCUAGGCACCAGCCACUGCUGUUAGCUCCCUUAUGCCCACUGUGAACGCAACAAGCCAGGUUAGUUCACGAAGUCCCUGCCAUGUGGGGCCCAAGACAUGUCCCUGAGUCGGCAAAACCUAGCCUGGCUGCAACUUCCUGGCUUCCCACGUGUACACGCUGUCUGCAGACUCACUCAUUCCCUACCUGUCUCUCCGUCCUCCCCAGGGACCCCUGGUGUAAAACACAAAGGCUCCAGCAACACCGCCAGGCCCUGGUAACGUCCGAUGCCCUCCCGGGCUCGGCAGCAACACCGGAAGCCUGGAGGCUGUGGGCCGGCGUGAGAUGGCCUGACCCAGCCCAGGCCUCCUCCCUGUAGCAAUUCCAAGUGCUGUUACUUAACCGACGGACAAUUUCUAAUUUUAUUUUUUAUGAUUAUUUGUUUCUAUAUUGCUGUUAGAAAAAGUGAAAUAAAAAUAUUUCGAAAGAA